AUGGAGUCGCUCAAUAAGAAUUACAUCAACAUCGAAGAGUACCCGGUUACCAACGAACUCCAGGAGCGCUGCGUGAACAUCAUUGCGAAUCUUUACAACGCGCCUCUUGGGGACGGGGAAGGCGCGAUUGGCGCGGGGUGCGUGGGGUCGUCGGAGGCAAUUAUGCUGGCGGGACUCGCGUUCAAGCGCAAGUGGCAGGAGAAGCGCAAGGCACAGGGGUUGCCGUACGAUAAGCCCAACUUCAUAUGCGGUUCCGAAGUCCAGGUGUGCUGGGAGAAGUUUUCUAAUUACUUCGGGGUGGAGACCAAGUUCGUGAAUGUGAAGGAAGGGUCAUUCGUGAUGGACCCGCACGAUGCCGUGGAGGCUGUUGACGAAAACACCAUCUGCAUCUGUGGCAUUCUCGGAUCCACCUAUAACGGGGAAUUUGAGGACAUCAAGCUUCUGAACGAUCUUCUUGUGGAAAAGAAUGCCAAAACCGGGUGGGACACGCCGAUUCACGUGGAUGCGGCGAGCGGGGGGUUUGUGGCGCCGUUUCUGUGGCCGGAGCUGGAGUGGGACUUCCGGCUGCCCACGGUGCGGUCCAUCAACGUGAGCGGGCACAAGUACGGGCUCGUGUACCCCGGCGUGGGGUGGGUGGUGUGGCGCAGCAAGGCCGACCUCCCCGAGGACCUCAUCUUCCACGUCAACUACCUGGGCGCGGACCAGCCCACCUUCACGCUCAACUUCUCCAAAGGUUCCAGCCAGCUGAUCGCACAAUACUAUCAGUUCGUCCGCCUCGGCUUUGAGGGUUACCGCAAGAUCAUAGGCAAUUGCCAGACGAACGCCAUGUACCUAAAGAAGGCCAUCGAGGACAUGGGGUGCUUUGACAUCCUCUCCAAGGACGUUGGUGUGCCCCUUGUCACCUUUGCACUCAAGGAAAAGGAUGGCUCGUUUAACGAGUAUGACAUUGCUGACAUGCUGAAACAGUUUGGGUGGAUCAUCCCUGCCUACACCAUGGCCCCUGACCUCGAGCACGUUACAAUGCUCCGCGCUCUCGUCCGAGAGGACUUCUCUCGCUCGCUUGCCGACCGCUUUCUGAAUGACCUGCGCAUGACAGUGAAGAUGCUGGAGGACCGGGCCACCACCGCUCCACGCACAGUCACUCCGGCAGCCCCCACUGCUGCUGCUCCUGCAGUUUCUUCCAUCCCUGAGGAGGCGCCCGUGGCAGGGGAAGCCCCCAAGCCAAAGUCCAGGCUCGCACGGAACCUGGAUGCGGACGAGGGAUAUGUGCUGUCGCCGCUGGCGGGCACGCGGCUGAUGCCGCCCAAUAAGCUGGAGCACAGCCACUCAAUGGACACAUCUGCGCUGCGCCAGCGCACCUUCAGGGUUUUUAAGAAGAACAGCAUUGCCAAGACUAAUGGGGACCAUGUCGUCGAGUCGGUCUUCGCCUCGCGUUACACAUCUGCGAGCGUUCCCAAGUAUCAGAUUCCCAAGGAAGGUAUCCCCAAGGAGGCGGCUUAUCAGAUGAUUCACGACGAGCUGCUGCUGGAUUGCAACCCGCGGCUCAAUCUGGCGUCGUUCGUGACGACAUGGAUGGAGCCUGAGUGCGACCAGCUCAUUAUGGAGUCCCUUAACAAGAAUUACAUCAACAUUGAGGAGUACCCAGUCACCAAUGAACUCCAGGAGCGCUGCGUGAAUAUUAUCGCGAAUCUAUUCAACGCACCUCUUGGGGACGGAGAGGGCGCGAUCGGCGCGGGGUGCGUGGGGUCGUCAGAGGCAAUCAUGCUGGCGGGACUCGCGUUCAAGCGCAAGUGGCAGGAGAAGCGCAAGGCGCAGGGGAAGCCGUACGAUAAGCCCAACUUCGUCUGCGGCUCUGAAGUCCAGGUGUGCUGGGAGAAGUUUUCUAAUUACUUCGAGGUGGAGACCAAGUUCGUGAAUGUGAAGGAAGGGUCGUUCGUGAUGGACCCGCACGAUGCCGUGGAGGCUGUUGACGAAAACACCAUCUGCAUCUGUGGCAUUCUCGGGUCCACCUAUAACGGGGAAUUUGAGGACAUCAAGCUCCUGAACGAUCUUCUCAUGGAGAAGAAUGCCAAGACGGGGUGGGACACGCCGAUCCACGUGGACGCGGCGAGCGGGGGGUUCGUGGCGCCGUUCCUGUGGCCGGAGCUGGAGUGGGACUUCCGGCUGCCCACGGUGCGGUCCAUCAACGUGAGCGGGCACAAGUACGGGCUCGUGUACCCCGGCGUGGGGUGGGUGGUGUGGCGCAGCAAGGCCGACCUCCCCGAGGACCUCAUCUUCCACGUCAACUACCUGGGCGCUGACCAGCCCACCUUCACGCUCAACUUCUCCAAAGGCUCCAGCCAGCUGAUCGCACAGUAUUACCAGUUUGUCCGCCUUGGCUUUGAGGGCUACCGCAAGAUCAUAGGCAACUGCCAGACGAACGCCAUGUAUCUGAAGAAGGCCAUCGAGGACAUGGGGUGCUUUGAGAUCCUCUCCAAGGAUGUUGGUGUGCCACUCGUCACCUUCGCUCUUAAGGAGAAGAAUAGCAAUUUCAACGAGUAUGACAUUGCUGAUGUGCUGAAGCAGUUCGGGUGGAUCAUCCCCGCCUACACCAUGGCACCUGAUCUUGAACACGUUACAAUGUUGCGCGCUCUCGUCCGAGAGGACUUCUCUCGCUCGCUUGCGGAUCGCUUCCUGAACGACCUGCGCAUGACAGUAAAGAUGCUGGAGGACAGGGGCGUGGGUAUGCCCCGCACCAAAUCCACGGCUGAGGCCGCUGCUGCUGCGGUUGCCUCGGUGCCCGAACAUAAGCCCAAUACAGUAGAGGUUCCCAAGCCUGGAUCCAAGCUGGCACGUGACCUGGCAGCGGAUGAGUUGUAUGUGCUGUCGCCGCUGGCAGGCACACGGCUGAUGCCCCCCAGUAAGCUGGAGCACAGCCACUCAAUGGACUCGUCUGCGCUGCGCCAGCGCACCUUCAGGGUGUUCAAGAAGAACAGCAUUGCCAAGACCAACGGGGUGUGCUAG